GCUAUCUGGCUGGGGGUCUGUCCACGCUUCAAUGUGUCGCGCUGUAAUAUAGAAGGGGAGCCUCUCUCUUCAAAGGUUCCACAUUCAUAUUCAAAAUGAACGCGCGACAACCUGGUGUUCCGUCGGGAAACAACAACAAUGAGUUUGAACCACCCACUCUUAACCCAAGAAUGCUUUUUACAGGGCCCGACUACAACAGGGACCACCGUGUCACCGUACAGCCGGAAAACAGGAUGGUGGGGAUCGGCACCAUGUCUCAGGAGGGGACCAGCGAGGUGGACUACCUGUGGAGGGCUGCACCCAACACCCCCUUCCCCCGACCCAAGACCUGUAGAGUAGGGGAGAUAGGCUGGGGGAUAGAGCAGUUCACCGAUUGGUCCAUGCCAGUCACGGGGAGACAAGUCAUGAUGGGAGAAUUCAGACAGGAACUCGAAAACAGACAUGCGCACAAGUACCAGAACCCGUGGUACCCGGGUCCUAAUGACGAGGUGGACCCGAACUCGGACGAGGCAAGGGUGAUGAACGUGCACCGAAAGCGCCCAGCCACGACAGGGCACAAAACAGCAGGUACAGGUUCACGUCAAUGGCGUCACAGAGGACGCACACCGGCAGCCACGCCAUUGUACACAGUCAACACAUUCACUACGUCAUCAGACAACGCCCCUGCAGCAGAUGUCCCCCAGGAGAGUCAACCAGUUGAAGCAUAUUAGGAACAAGUAUCAAGUCAUCUUUACCAGAGCUCUGCCAGGGAAGGUGCAAUAAACAACGAAAAUGGAAUAGCUGAAGCUCCCACCAAGAUGUACAUCUCACAGGGCUUCCUGGUUGGACAAAGUUUCAUAUUUUUGUAAAUGACUGUAGAAUACUGUCAUGGUAAUUUUAAUAGUGUCGUUUAAUCUGUAACCUUAUCAUUACAAUUAAUGUUUACUUUUUGUUAUUUUUUUAUUUGUACCAACCUGAAAUAUUGGUGGAAAUUUAAUAAAUGGUUCAUGAAUAUGGAAUCAUUUAUAAUGUAUUCACAGAAAUAUGCAAAUGUAAUACUGGAAAGGUGAAAAUUGUUCCCU